AGCGCGGCGGGGGUGCAGCGAGAGACGCAGCGAGACGAAGCGCGCGGGGGCAGGGGGAGGCCGGCCGAGGCGAGGAGUCGGGUCGAGACGGUUCGGAGGUAAACAAAGAACGGAACCGGGGCCGAGCCCAGCUCGCGGUGGAGACGCCGCCUCCGGACCGAUCGCCGCGCCUGGCCGGGUCGGAAGCGCGGCCUCGGCCACUCACCAAGAUGCGCUUGAAAAGCUGUUAACACGCACGCCCACGACGACUCCGCAGAGGCUGAGAGCAAGCGUCCACCCGGAAGGAGUGAUAACGGAAGUGAAAGUAAUCCCGUGUGUGUCGGGCUGAAAAGUAGCAGGUCACGGAGAGUUACGGCUACAAUGCUGAGAUGAAUCGUCACCUGUGUGCUUGGCUUUUUAGACUUUCAUCUCGUAAUGGUUACCACCAGUGCCACAUCCACCCCCAGUCUCAUCAGUUUACACAGAGACAUUUUGAUACAAGACUGUGGGUUUUUAGACAAAACAGGCAUCCCAUUUUCCAUCAUCUGUUAAAUAAGAAUUGUCCCAGGAGAUAUUGUCAUCAAGACACCAGGAUGCUGUGGAAGCAUAAAGCACUACAGAAAUAUAUGGAGGACCUGAGUAAGGAGCACCGUAUGCUUGAUCAGUGUUUGCAGCGAGUGUCUCUGAAUGAAGGGGACCGAAGAGCCUUGAAUAGAAGGCAUGCCGAGUUGGCACCACUCGCAGCCAUUUACCAAGAAAUUCAGGAGGCUGAGCAAGCAAUUGAAGAAUUAGAUUCAAUGUGUAGAAGUCUAAAUCAACAAGAUGAAAAGCAGUUACAAGAACUUGCAUUGGAAGAGAGACAAACCAUGGCUCAAAAAAUCAAUAUGUUAUACAGUGAGCUUUUCCAGAGUCUAGUGCCAAAGGAGAAAUAUGACAAAAAUGACGUUCUUUUAGAGGUGACAUCUGGAAGAACUACUGGAGGUGAUAUCUGCCAGCAGUUUACCCGGGAAAUAUUUGAUAUGUACCAGAAUUAUUCAAGCUAUAAAAACUGGAAAUUUGAACUUCUGAAUUAUACACCAGCUGAUUACGGUGGGCUACAUCAUGCAGCUGCCCGAAUUUCUGGUGACAGUGUAUAUAAGCAUUUGAAGUAUGAAGGUGGGAUUCACCGAGUUCAACGAAUCCCCGAGGUGGGCCUGUCAUCAAGAAUGCAGCGUAUUCACACAGGAACCAUGUCAGUCAUUGUCCUCCCUCAACCAGAUGAGGUAGAUGUGAAAAUAGACCCCAAGGAUUUGCGAAUAGAUACAUUUCGAGCCAAAGGAGCAGGAGGUCAGCAUGUUAAUACAACUGAUAGUGCUGUCAGACUCGUCCAUGUCCCCACAGGGCUUGUAGUAGAAUGCCAACAAGAACGGUCACAGAUAAAAAAUAAAGAGAUAGCUUUGCGUGUGUUGAGAGCUAGACUCUACCAGCAGAUUAUUGAGAAAGACAAAUGUCAGCAACAAAGUACUAGAAAACUGCAGGUGGGAACAAGAGCCCAGUCAGAGAGAAUUCGGACAUAUAAUUUCACCCAGGAUAGAGUCACUGACCACAGGAUAGCAUAUGAAGUUCGUGAUAUUAAGGAAUUUUUAUGUGGAGAGAAGCAUCUGGAUCAGCUAAUUCAAAGACUACUUCAUUCAGCAGACGAAGAAGCCAUUACUGAAUUUUUGGAUGAAAACCUUAAAUCAGCAAAAUAAAUGCUGAUUUAUUAUAUAUUCUUCUAUAAAUGAAACAGACCUAUCUCAAGAAGCAGCUGUUCAUAAAGUGCAGCUAAACACAGUACGUACAAAUAUAUUUUUUAAUGAAUUAAGUCACAUUUCUUGACCUAAGAAUUUAUAAAAUACAGUCCCAACUCUUCAAGCAGAAAACAAGCAUGCAAUGAACAUUGCAAAAAACAAAAAAAUAAGCAUGUAUUUUUGAAAAGAGAAAUAAAGUAUUGGGAAUUGAUUAUGUAA